GGGAGAGGUCUGUAUGUAAACAACACAGAUCUCUCCCCUGUCAGCACCAGCAUGCUUCAUUGUAUUGCUCUACAUAGCAGAGCAAUACAAAGCAGCAUGCUUACAUAGUAGAACACACACAGCACAUCGUGAAACACACACAGCACACAGCUGAACCUUUGAUCACCCCAGAUGUUAACCCCUUCCUCUCCAGUGUCAUUAGUACAGUGUCAGUGCUUUUUAUUAGCACUGAUCAUUGUAUUAAUGUCGCUGUGGAUGUCAGUGGCAGUUAUUCAAUCCCCCCCCAGUGUCAGAAUGCCCCCCGCAGUCACG